UUUUUGUUUAUUGUUUAAUGGAAAGUCCUCAUGAUCAACAACAAAGUGCACUUUUAAGUAGAAUCAUAAUCAACGUUAGCAAAUUGAAUGAAAAUAUAGGACAGCUUAAUAAGAAAAUUGAAACAAUAAAUAAUAAUACAGCAGAUGUUGCUCUUGUAGCCAACAUGUGGUCAGGUUACAAUGAAUCUGUACAGAUUUACUUGGAUAGUAUAAAGGAACAGCAAAAACGACUUGAAAAAUAAAUAGAAAAUAAACUACAAAGUCACAUAUUCUUUUUUCUCUACAUUUUUUUAAAAAUAAUGGUGGUUAAUGAGGACACCAAUAUGGUGAUUGAUAAUACGGCAGAAAAGCAAUUAUCACCAGACGAAGCACUCAUUCGUGAAAAACAAGAAUGGGUAAAGCGCUUUAGGUUAAAAUUUUGUGUUCGAGACGAAUUUGAGAUUACAAAGAAUAUGAUCUAUCCAGAUGGCACGCUCAAUCAAGACUACUUUAGACCGCCCAAAGGCCCAAGAGAAGAAGCACGAAAAUGGACAGAGGUCGAGAAGACCUUGCUAAUUGAAGGCAUUGAAAAAUAUGGUAUUGGUCAUUUUGGUGAGAUAUCAAAGGAGCUAUUGCCAAAAUGGUCUACGAAUGAUCUAAGAGUAAAGUGUAUUCGAUUGAUUGGUAGACAAAACUUGCAAUUGUAUCGUGAUUGGAAAGGAAAUGCAGAAGAUAUAGCAAGAGAAUAUGAGUCAAAUAAAGCUAUUGGACUCAAGUACGGCACAUGGAAACAGGGUGUGUUAAUAUAUGAUGACGAUGGCAAGGUUGAAAAGGAACUGAUUGAAUAUCAUAAAAACAAACAAAAAUAAUAAUGUAAAAUAAAAAUGUGUAUAUACUACUUUCACAGCCG